UUGCUAUUCCAAAAAAAAUCUUAAGUCCGCCAUGUUUAGAUUUUUCUGCCUUAGCGCUGUUUCACACUUCCGCCGACAGACGGCAGUGGUGUGGUGUUCCGUUCCGUUCCGUUCCGUCCCUCUGUUGUUGACAUUUUUCCCUCAACCAAUAGGAACGCUUGAUACAUAUGUAAUCUAGAGACAGUAGCCAAUCACAGGAACGUAAACAGUUACACGUGGGCCAGUGAAGAAAACAAUAACAAAUCAUAAGGUAUGAACACAUCAAGAACAUCUCAUAUGAAAUGGAAAACAAGAAAAAAGAAAAUAACUGGGACAUCAUCAGCAAUCAGGAGUUGCCGUUCCAAAGGCUACAACUACGCAUUUACAUCAACGUCGCGUCCUCUAUCCACGCCGCAGCCGCAGGAGCCACGCUGAAGAAGACACCAUGGCAGCCCCUUCAGCCAAGAAACGCCGCCCUAACUUUUCCAACGAAGAACUUCUAGUCCUUAUUAGGGAGGUGACAGACAGAAAAACAAUGUUGCUGGGUAAGCUGGACUCAACACGUGUCACGAGGGAGGGGAAGAACAUGGCGUGGCUGGCUGUGCUGGAGGCUGUCAACGCUGUUGGCGUCACCAGAAGAACUGAGGACGAGGUGAAGAAGAAGUUUCGUGAUUUCCGCUCAUUCGUAAAGAAGAAGGUUGCUGAUGCAAGACAGGAAAUGCUGAGAACAGGAGGAGGACCAACCGCAGACACCAAAUUGAGCGCUGCUGAGGAAGCAAUGGCUGCAUUAAUCAGCGAGGUUGCCAUUGCUGGACAUGCUGAUGUCCCUGACUCUGAAGAAGUUCCAGGAGGCUCAAUGUUUUCUGAAGUUCAAGAGGAUUAUGUAAUCAUGGAGCAUGAUUACUUCCUGCCUCAAAUGUCCCCAGAAAGGCUGCUGGGUAUUACAGCACCCAGCAGCCCAGACCCUUCCACUUUUGAGCCUACUUCAGGAACGCAAACAGAUGCUACAGCACCAAGCCACCCAGAGCCUUCCAGUUCUAGGCUCACUUUGGAAAGACUGACCGGUGCUGCAGCACCUAGCAGCCCAGGCCCUUCCACUACCAGGCCCAGGGUGGAUCCACAUGGGAGGUUUCCCAAAAGAAAGACAGACCCUUUGGCACCAGAAAUGCUGCAAGUUCAAGGAGAAAUAAAGGUUGGUGUUGAAAAGUGUGCUAAUUCACUUGAAAAAAUAUCAGUUUCAAUGAAUUCCAUGGCUCAAAGUUUUCAGGACUUUGUUGAGUUCUACAGGGCACGGAAUUCAAUGUAAAUAAUUUUCUUAUGGUAAAGGUCUUUGUUUUGGUUGUAAGGAGAACAAUUUCAUUAGGUUG